UGAUUAAUCUGAUUGGCUGGCGGUCUGAAAUUUGGGAUGGGCGGAAGAAGGACCCCCCGCUCUUUCUCAGACACACAAUGACACAAAAAUUGCGAUCGGGGAGAAGGACGAGAUAACAUCUGUGGAGGGAACUGGGAAGGACAUGUUGACGAUGGACUCCGCUUUCGCUCUCGGAUUCCACCCCGGUUGCUAUCGCCUCUCCCGGAAUUUCUCUGGUUCUGAUGGCUCUCAUACGGUCUGGGGUUGCCGUAGAUCAUCUUCGAACAUAAUCCAUCGUUCUCUCGGCGGAGGAGCUUCGGAGCUCAAUGGCCUGUGGAACAGCCUCUUCAGCAAUUUAACUGGCUGCCUUGGGACGCCCCGAAGCAACGUCCUCUCAACUAGACUUGGAGCUUUAUCAGACAACGCCGGUUCUUUGCCGGAGCCCCUCGAUAGAGACCGGAAACCACGCUACCACCCAUACGAGGAAAUUGAGGAAGACUCGCCCACACUUGAAGGCGCCCGGGAUGGACGGCUCACUGAUGCGGAAACCGCACGCACGAUAAUCGAGGUGAACAGCAAAGCAACACUUCUGUUCUCUGGAAUGAUCGAUAAUGCAAUCCAUGAGAACAUUUUCUUGUCUGACCUGUCAUAUUUAACUGAUGAACAUGGAGAUAUGCUCCCGGAGAUGGAAGCUUAUGGGCCAUCUGAUACAGAUUUGGUAAUAGAAGAAAUUACAAGUGAUGAUGAUGAUGAUGAUGAUGACAAUGAUGAUGAUGAUGAUGAUGAUGAUGAUGAUGAUGAUGAUGAUGAUGAUGACAAUGAUGAUGAUGAUGAAGAGGAUUUUGUUUCCAUCCUAGAAGAUGAAGAUGGCAUGAUCCCUUCUGAAGCAUUAGGUGAUUGGGCGAACUUGGGCACUAUGCGUGCUUCUCAUCCAAUGCAUUUUGCUAAUAAAAUAGCAGAGGUUGUCUCAGGUGUCCAAUUGGAUUGGAUGGAUCAACCUUCUGCUAGUAUUGUUAUGCGAGGUCUUUUGAGACCUGCUUUUGUUGAAGAACAAAAAUUUUUUAGAAAACACCCGCCAGGUAGUGCAAUUAAUGGUUCUGAGAAGCAUCAGAGCAGGACAACAGAACUGGAGAAAGACCAAGGGCUGCAAAGUGGAACUACAUUUUACAAGCUGGAAAUGGUUAAUAUUCAGCUAGUUUCUGCAUAUGGAAACCAGUCUACAGUGAAGAUUCAAGAUUUUCAGGAUGCACAGCCAGAUGCCAUUGCACAUUCAGCUGCAAAUAUUAUAUCACGUUUAAAAGCUGGUGGAGAGAAGAUUACGGAAGCCUUCAAGGCCAUCUGUUGGACGCAUAAGGGUAUUAAAGUAGAGGAAAUUUCCCUUUCUGGGGUGGACAGUCUUGGUUUUGACUUAAGAGUUUGUGCAGGAACACAAGUCCAAACCUUAAGGUUUUCUUUCAGCGCACAGGCCACUUCUGAAUACAGUGCAGAGAGACAGAUCCAUGACCUCCUAUUUCCAAGAUUACAGAACAAGAAGCAGAUGCAGCAACAAGCCCAGCAAAAGGAAUUGUGACCUGGUUUGGGUUGCAUGGCUAAUGCAGUCUUUUGUGGUCUAGUUGGAAUUACAAUUCAUGACAGAUUGUCACAUGGUCUUGGCACACCCUAGAUAUUCCCUGUCAAUCAUAAUAUACCUCAGCCCGGAUAUUGUUAUUUAUCUUCGCUCACUUGAAUCUUUGUUUCUUGUGCUGCUAUUAAAUAUGAUUCUUAGGGCAUUUGGGCUGA